AUGGCGGGCAGCAGUUUGAACCCCGAGUUUGAUUACGUAUUCAAGACGCUACUUGUGGGCGACCACGGCGUGGGCAAGUCCGCCAUGCUGGCCAGAUUCACGGAAGAUAAAUUCGAAGACAACGCCCCUGCCACCAUGGGUGUGGAUGCGAAACCCAAAACAGUAGUGGUUGAUGGAAAGAGGGUCAAAUUGAACGUGUGGGACACAGCGGGCCUCGAGAGGAUGGGCUUCCUUACAAGCAGCUAUUAUCGAGGCGCUCAUGGAAUCAUCAUCGUUUUCGACGUCGCCAGUGCCGGCUCGUACCAAAACAUUGCCAAUUGGGUGGGCGAAAUCGAACGCUAUGCCAAUGACUCAGCUCUCAAGAUCCUCGUAGGCAAUAAGUCGGAUCUGGUCCAACGAGAGGUCAAGCCCGAAGAGGCGCAAGCCUACGCCAAGAACGACCUGGGCGUCGACUACUUUGAGACAUCGGCAAAGGAAGGCGUCAACGUCGAAGAGGCAUUUUUGAGGCUAGCAGAGCAGAUGAAGAAGAGGAAGGACGGCAUGACGAGUUCAUCAUCGGCGCGGCCAUCAGGAGGGCCUACACUCAACCUCGACCAGGAGCCCGCCAAAAAGCCGUCCAAGAAGAUCUGUAGUAUAUAA